AUGGAGGGAUCAGGAGAAAUGAAAGAGGAAACUAUGCCCCCGGGGUUCCGAUUUCAUCCCACAGAUGAAGAACUCAUCACUUAUUACCUGGUAAAUAAGAUCUCAGACGCAAGUUUUACAGGAAAAGCCAUUGGAGAUGUUGAUCUUAACAAGUGCGAGCCGUGGGAUCUUCCAGGGAAGGCAAAGAUGGGAGAAAAAGAGUGGUAUUUUUUCAGCCUUCGUGAUCGAAAAUAUCCAACAGGAGUGAGAACCAAUCGAGCCACGAACACUGGAUACUGGAAGACCACUGGAAAAGACAAGGAGAUCUUCAACAGCAACACCUCCGAGUUAGUUGGGAUGAAGAAAACAUUAGUUUUUUACAAAGGAAGAGCUCCUAGAGGAGAGAAAUCCAACUGGGUCAUGCAUGAAUAUCGUAUUCAUUCCAAAUCCGCCUAUAGAACAAGCAAGCAAGAUGAAUGGGUUGUGUGCCGUGUGUUCCAGAAAAGUGCUGCAGGGAAAAAGUACCCUUCAAACCAUUCAAGAGCUGUGAAUCCCUACACUUACAAUAAUAAUCUCGAUUUAAGCCAAAUAUCCAUGUCCUCACAAAUGAUCCAGCCUGAUAAUUUCCAGUUUCCAAUGGGACGAAACUAUAUGACGCCAGCUGAACUGCAAGAAUUUAAUAAAGUGUUUAGAUCCAGUGGUUCAACUAGCAUAAACGUGCCAAUCCCACAACACAUAAACUAUGCUGUAGGGGGCGGAGGUGGGGAAACAGGCAUUUUCACCAUCUCUGGAUUGAAUCUGAACCUAGGUGGUGGCGCCGCCCUGACGCAGCAACAAUUCAUGAGGCCACCACCUCCGGCUCCACCAAUGAACCCACAAGAUGGGACCUCAUCCAUGCUCACUGAAGCUGCAGGCUAUGGAGGGGACAUGAAUAAUGCAAAUGCUAUGAAUAACAGGUUUAUGGCCAUGGAAAGUUGUGCUGAGUUAGAUAACUACUGGCCUUCAUAUUAA